AUGGGUAUUUCCAUGGGAUCUCAACCACUUUAUACACAAGGUCGUCCAAAUAAUUAUAAAUGUGAUGAAACUCAAUUAUCAUGUCAAUUAAAUGAUUUAUUGAUCUUAAGAAGUUUACGAGAAAUUGAUAUUGAUUAUCACCAAUGUGGUUUUACUGAUUUUGGUUGUUCAGCUGAUCAAACAUGUUGUCAAACAUAUGGUUCAUCAGAUGGAGAAUAUGCUUGUUGUACUUUAGCUGAUGCUCAAUGCUGUGACGAUGGACGUCAUUGCUGUCCAAAAAGUACACGAUGUGAUACACAAAAUGGUGGCUGUGUUCAAGAUUUUUAA